AGCCAGAAAACUUCACACAUGUUUGCUGAAGAAUGGCAGAGAAACGAAAAACACCACCUUUAACUUUACUUGUAACGGCUCCCCCUAAUAAAAAGGCUAAAGAAAGAAAGCCGGCGGAAGAAAAGGCUGCGGUAAAAAAGGCUUUGGAUAAAGCGAGAGGACAAACCAGGGUAAACAUCGGCCCGGCGUUUGAGCGGUGGAGAGGACUGAAGGAGCUGAAGGGCUUCAGGAGUGAUGCAGAGGUUGCUCUCUUUCUGCUGGACAGCUCGGCUCUAACAGCAGCAGCCAUGGCUACGAACGUGUUGGAUGAAAACAUGUCUAGCUUUCCAAAACCCAAAAGACCUCGUUAUGUAUCCGAGGUACGUCGUGACAUGGUCCGAAAUAAAACAAGGAUUUGUAUAGGAGAUGCUUUUGAUAGAUGGAGACGGCUGAAAGCGGAGAAGAAUUUGAAGACAGACGCCAGCGUUGCUAAUUUUCUCCUGGACAUCUAUGAGAAGGAUCCACCAACUUCCACGCCGCCGAGACCCCCGAGGAGACCCCCUCCCCCUCCCCCACCUGGUUCAGCUAUUACAUUGGAGACAACUAUUAAAUCGGAGUCCGACCGCUAUGAGAAGGAUCCACCAACUUCCACGCCGUCGAGACCCCCUCCCCCACCUGAUUCAGCUAUUAAAUCGGAGCCUCUGUCCGACCGAGAUUAUGACUUCUCAGUAGCUGGGGAUCAGGAGGUAAAGGAGGAGGAGACAGCUCUCCAGGUAUUGGAUGCAAGAGUUCCAUCAAUAGAGAUUGUUGUUGGCAUUGACGAGGAUAAUUCGUCUGAAAAUACAGACUCUGUUACUGAACAUUCAGAUGAUGAGAUGGGUUCACCAGAUGAGAUGUCAGUAGAUGUUCCUGAGGAGGCAUCAGAGGAGAACAGCUGCUACGAUGACUGUGAUGAUGAAGACUAUGGGCCCCCGUUUUUUAUUCAGUUUGAUGGUGCCUAUAAAACCAAUAGAUGCCUGAAUCGAGUUCAGUCCACCAGCAAAGAGAACACUACACAUGAUGCUGCAGAGGCGGCGGAGCAGCCGGCAGAGGUGGCGGCGGAGCAGGCGGAACAGCCGGCAGAGGCGGCGGCGGAGCAGGCGGAACAGCCGGCAGAGGCGGCGGCGGAGCAGGCGGAACAGCCGGCAGAGGCGGCGGCGGAGCAGGCGGAGCAGCCGGCAGAGGCGGCGGCGGAGCAGGCGGAGCAGCCGGCAGAGGCGGCGGCGGAGCAGCCGGCAGAGGCGGCGGCGGAGCAGGCGGAGCAGGCGGAGCAGGCGGAGCAGCCGGCAGAGGCGGCGGCGGAGCAGGCGGAGCAGCCGGCAGAGGCGGCGGAGCAGCCGGCAGAGGCGGCGGAGCAGCCGGCAGAGGCGGCGGAGCAGCCGGCAGAGGCGGCGGAGCAGCCGGCAGAGGCAGACAAAAUUCACAACCUGACUGAGAGCAGCAGCACUGGUAAUUACACAUACAUAACUUCCUCUGGAUAUUUAAAAUGGUUUGUGUGA